GACGGACUUGUAUAUAUGGCAGCCGUCAAGUUGUAUCUUGAGGACUACAAGGCGUUGGUGGGCGGGUUGGAGACUACAGCAGCCCCCAUCUCCACCAUGUCUGCCAUGGAUUACACGUACAACAGGAAUGAAAACCUGAGAACACACGACAAUAUCUUGGCACACAUUGGGAAUACGCCCCUCGUUAAGCUCAACAACAUACCGAAGACUUAUGGCCUGAAAUGUGAUGUGUAUGCAAAAUGCGAGUUUUUCAAUGCUGGAGGGAGUGUGAAGGACCGUAUCGCUCUCCGCAUGGUGGAGGAUGCGGAGAGGAAGGGUCUCAUCACACCAGGCGUUUCGGUGCUUAUUGAGCCUACAUCUGGAAACACAGGCAUUGGGCUGGCUCUGUGUGGUGCUGUGAAGGGCUACCGCUGUAUCAUUGUAAUGCCUGAGAAGAUGAGCAAUGAGAAGGUGGAUGUCCUGAGGGCCCUUGGCGCUGAAAUUGUGCGGACACCCACCAGUGCAGCCUGGGACUCCCCAGAAUCCCACAUUUCUGUGGCAAAAAGGCUGGAGAAGGAGAUUCCUGGCGCAAUAAUCCUGGAUCAGUACAAGAACCCUGCCAACCCCAUGGCCCAUUAUGAGGGAACAGCUGAGGAAAUUCUGCAACAGACUGGUGGCAACAUUGACAUGCUGGUCGCAGGAGCUGGAACCGGAGGAACCAUUACUGGCAUUGCUCGGAAGCUGAAGGAAAGAAUCCCAGAUUGCAAAAUUGUUGGAGUGGACCCCUAUGGCUCUAUCUUGGCACAACCUGAAGAAAUGAACAAGUCUGAUGUUUCUACAUAUGAAGUAGAGGGUAUCGGAUACGACUUCAUCCCCAAUGUUCUAGAUCGGGAUCUGGUUGACAAGUGGAUGAAGAGCAAUGACAAGGACUCGCUGAUCAUGGCACGCAGGCUCAUCAAGGAGGAAGGACUCUUGUGUGGCGGUAGUUGUGGUGCUGCAAUGCAUUCGGGUAUGCUGGCUGCACAGGAGCUGGAGGCUGGGCAGCGAUGCGUGGUCGUCCUGCCUGACUCAGUGCGCAACUACAUGACCAAGCACCUCUCGGACAAGUGGAUGGAGGAGAGGGACUUCAUCAGCGAGAAGGAGGACACGGAUAAUAAGCACUGGUGGUCGAAUCUGAAAGUGUCUUCCCUCCCACUGGCCGCUCCACUGACUGUGCAGCCAACCAUUGCAUGUGAGGAUGCCAUUGCCAUAAUGCAGCGUGAAGGCUAUGACCAACUUCCUGUUGUGGAUCAUGAAGGCCCCAGAACUACAACUUGUUUUCUCUCCUCCAUCACACCGUGGAACAGGCCGAGGAUCUCUCGACAUGGAGCAGUGUGUCAUCGAGAAGGAGGUCUGCAUUGGCAUCGUGACCCAGAUUGACCUGCUUACGCAUAUCACUCGUCAACAAAAAGACCAGAAGGAAUAUUCAGAUGAAUAAACUUGCAUCCCUGGCCAAUGUUUCAGCAAACUCUGUUUGUCAGCCAUUCUUUGUUUUUGUUUUAAUUACUUGUAUGAUUAAUUUUGUUAAUAUCAUUAUAUUCUUGAUAUUUUCAUCAUUAGGUCUUUGUCAUAUUCUGAGAUAUUUAAAUGGAUUAUCAUAUAUUGUAAAUUCAUUGUAGUGGUAAGAAUUUCUUAUUCAAUUCUAUGUUUAUAGUUGGGUAUUUGCUUUCAUUUUCAUUCAUGGUCUCAUUCAUACAUAUUGUUUAGAUUUUUGUUUGAUAAUGGUUGAGGUUGCAUACUUAACGCAUUUCAGGUGCUCCGUGGUAGCAAGAAAGUCGUAAAAAAAGCACUAUAUUUACAGUAUCCAAAUUAAGAUAAUAUAGAAACAGACCUAUAGACCACAGAUAUUUUUUUUUCUAUUCAAGGUGGAUUAUGAUACUAGUAAGUGCAAUUCAAAGAUUGCAUGUGCUGGUUAGUCAUUUUUAUUAGGCUAUGAAAGCAGAUGCUAUGAUGCUUUAAUGAUGAGAAAAGAUGAAGGCAUACUGAAAGCUAGAAAAAAAAAAGGUUAAAGGCACUUGUUUAUUAAGGUUAUGUUUAUUUUAUUAUCAACAUAAAUAUAUUCAUUACAGUUCCAUCUUCAUACGGGAAUUAACAUUCCAUUUAUUUUUCCUUUUUUUUCAUGAAUUAUCAUAUUAGAAUGUUAAUUUUUGAAGAAGAAUCAUUGCCUCCUUGUUCGCACUAACAAAUUUUCCCAAGUAUAUGUUUGCUCAAAUAUUGGUAAAUGAAAGUUAAUGCCUUCAUUCACUUUUGGAAACCAAUGUAUUGAAAGUUCUCCAUGACAUGCAGGAGCUUUAUAGACAAGAAGAAGAUACUUCACUCACUAUGAAUUAGCGUAGCAGUAGGGAUUAUCUAGGACAUUACAAUGAUAAUUUUUAUAUGCAAAAAAAAGAUUGAAAAAAAAAGCAAAAAUCCU